AUGGCCAUGUUCCACACGCACACCGCGUUAUUCAACGACUCGAGCAGUUUGGUCGACCUCAGCCCGACAAUGAUCUCUCCACCACCCUCCCUCAAUUCAGAGGCACCAACUGUAACCUGGCCCGUGCCUAAACCCAAGCAGCGUCGCAAAACCUCGACCGACCUUCAAGGAAGCGAAGGGGAAGGCAGCAUCACUAAGGAUACGUCUCGGAUAUUAGCUUGCCUCAGCUGCCGACAAAAGAAAAUCAAAUGCCAUCGGAAAAGCUCGACCUGUAAUCGAUGUGAGCGGUUGCAGAUACCGUGCGUGAUCCCCGACGAAGACGAGCGGUUGAGACCCUCGUCCAAGAAACGGACCCGGGAGCUGGAAAGACAGAUUGAAAGUUUGCAAAAGCAACUGCGCGAGUCGGAGGAGAGAGCACAACGCAAUUUGUAUUUGACACCACCCAUGUCGACCCAGUCCCAGUCAUCUCACGCCGGGAUGGAUCUGGCCUUGGGCGGCAGCGAUUUAGGCAGCGACUUGGUCGACACCGCGACUGUUGCCGACUUUGACAAGACACCGCAAACUUUGAUCGGUCGCCUGUGCGCGGAAAAUGCUCACAUUCAUGAAGAUGAAAGUGGCCGGGUCAGAUACUAUGGGCCAACAUCGAUCCUACACACAAGCGAGAAGCCGCCGUCGUAUGACUAUUUGAAGUGGAACAUUGGUCCGUUCGAACCGGACGACCAGGACGACAUCUCGCCAACACUCCGGGACCACCUUCUGGAGCAAUACUGGCGAUUCCAACAUUCAGUCCUCCAGGUGGUUCAUCGCGAAGCGUUCCUGCAAGACAUGCAGGCCGGUCGCACCCGCUACUACAGCAAAGGCCUACUCUACGCCAUCCUGGCCAACGCCGCCGUGUUCUCCGAGGUGCCCGAGAUCCGAGCUCUCGCGCUCAGUCGAGAUGAAGACCUGGAAGGAGCCAAACCCUACCUGCUGAGAAAGGCGACGGAGAUGGUGGAACAAGAAAUCGAGAGCAACGUGGGCAUCACAACCGUUCAAGGUCUUCAACUGCUCAGUGCCGUCCAAUCUCGCCGCGGGGCAGACACCAAAGGUUGGCUGGAAUCGGGACGAUCCUCUCGUCUCAUCUUUGAGCUCGGGCUCCACAAGGACGAGGUCGAAUUCGCAUCCAACCGUUUGUCUCCCAUGGAUCUGGAGGUCAGACAAGUGGUCUUCUGGGGAAGCUUCGCAUACGAUCGAGGCUGGGGUCUCUACCUGGGACGGCCCUGUGCGCUCAAUCUGGACGAUGUGACCAUCUCACCACCUGCGCUUCUCCCGAACGAGAAUUCCUCGUACUCGGCCGAACUGUUGCUCUUACGGGCCUGGGCUACGCUCUUCAGUGUCGUGGGCGAAAUCAGCAACACCUUCAACAAGAAAUCCUUCACCCACUACCACUUACAAACCCUGCGGCAAAAGCUUCUCAACUGGGAAUCGAGCCUCGACCCUAGUCUAAGACACAGCUCGGGCUGCUCACCGGGGGUCUAUGUGCUACAUUUUCAGUUUCACGGCGCGAUGAUUCUCCUGCACCGCUCGACCGCCAAGUUUGGCACCUAUCAGACCGAAAGUACACCCAUCUCACAAGAAGCACGAGCUAUAUGCGUUGACCACGGCCUGCAAAUCGCCCGCAUCCUCGCCGACUACAGAGUCGCUUAUGGAUCUGCCCUGACUCUGGUCGGGGUGGCCAUGUAUAACAUCACUACCGCGGCGGUGGUGCUGAUCGCCAUCCUCUCGGAGCCGUCGACACCAGCCUCCAACGAAUACCUGUCCAGUCUGACCACGUGCAUUGCCGCACUGGAAGAAAUCCAGCACAGCCACAUGGGCGCCAAAACGGUGCUCAAGCAGCUCCGGUACCUCAUGCGCCGAUGCAAGCUCCUGAAUAUCAAGGAGGACUCGCAAAUUCUCCGGGAUGCCAAUGCAUCGUUUCUACAACGACGACCAACGAAUACUAUCGAGGCAGGAAGCCCGCCGGUCAAGCUGCUCGGCCAAAUCGUGCAGCCGGACAGGUCUUCUUCUGACGACGCGUCCGCAAUCGACCCUGGGCAGUUCAUUCUGGCUUUGGAGGAUUGUGACGCGCUAAUGAACAUGGUGUCCUGGAAUGAUUUUUCCAAUGUCUUCGUGUGA